CUUCCGACGACAACACUGCACCAUCAAAGCAUACAGUGGUCAAGCAACACGUCCAACUUCAAGCAGAAUACCCACCAUGGAUCCAAUGGAGGGAGUGACGCACAGCGCUCCGCCAGGCGGCUUGGAUCCGUCCAAGUAUCCUGUACCCAUCGAGACAGUCUACGUCAACAACCUCGAGGAACGCAUCAAGAUCGACACCAUGAAGCAGGCCCUCCACGCCGUCUUCGACCACUACGGGCCCAUCCUCGACAUCGUCGCCAAGAAGAGCCUGAAGCGCAAGGGCCAGGCCUUCAUCGUGUUCGAUAGCCAGAAGUCCUGCCUGGACGCCAUCGAGGAGAUGACUGGCUUCGAGAUGUACGGCAAGAAGAUGAGGGUCACCCUGGCCAAGACGCACAGCGACGAGACCGUGAAGCGCAAGGCGACGGACAUGUUCGAGGAGCACAAGCGCGCACGUCUGACCAUGAAGGAGCGCAAACUUGCCGAGGAAGCUUCCAAGGCAGAGGCCCGUCCUGUCGCUGCUAAGGCUAAGCCUCGCAAGACCGGAGCGGCCGCCGUGCCUGACGAAUACGUCCGGCCCAACAAGAUUCUCUUCCUGCAGAACAUCCCCAAGGAGGUCACCCAGGACGAGCUCACGGCCAUCUUCGAGCGCUUCGAAGGCUUCAAGGAGCUGCGUUACGUACAGAUCAGGGCCGUCGCAUUCGCCGAGUUUGAGAACGAGCAGUUCGCCAUCACGGCCAAGGAGAACACGGCCAACACUCUCCUCGGACCGGAGCAGAAGCCCCUCAAGGUUACGUAUCAGCGACAGUAGGUUUCAUGUGUUGCGUGUUUUUCUGCGUUUUACACAGUUGCUUUUCUCCUCCUCUACUGGCGGUGCACGGGACGGCGUAUGCUCUUCGUUUUCACAUUCAGUCUAUCACACAUGCUCACCGGAAUCUCUCCUUUUUCUAGGCUGGAAGUGGGAAGGGUGGUCAACAAUCACGCCACGACGGCCAAUCAAGACAAAGAGGUACCCCAACGCAGGAGGGCCAAUCGAGACAGGAAGCGCUCUCGUUGCUAAGCUCCUGGCGGCUCUCUUCUCCACAACUUGAGGAGGACUUAGGGGAUGUACCGACUUGAGGAGGAUAUGUGAAUGAUUUCUGAUAGUGUCGGAAAGGCCUACUAUGGAUCGGGAUGCGGCUAUGCUACAAACGGUUGUUUAUACCCAGGAUUGCAGGUAUGGAAGGAUUAGGGAAACUGGUUACCCAUUGUGUAACCGAUAUAUAAGUACGAAAUCAGAAGAUGAC